CGCGGGGCCAUGCGGCAGCGCGGGGCGGUGGCAGCGGAGGUACCGGUACCACCGGCACCGGCACCAGUUGCGGGGCCGCCUUCCUGCCCGCGGCGCGGCCCCGCAGAGCCAUGGGCGAUGGGGGGCUGCCGCCCGACUGCGGCCCCCAGAACCGGUCGGUGGUGCCCCCCGGGAGUAGGCAGCUGCCCGCCGCCGAGCUGCUGUCGCAGCAAUGGGCGGUGGGGAUGAGCCUGCUGAUGGCCCUGGUGGUGCUGCUCAUCGUGGCCGGGAAUGUGCUGGUGAUCGCGGCCAUCGGGAGAACGCAGCGGCUGCAGACCCUCACCAACCUCUUCAUCACCUCGCUGGCCUGCGCCGACCUGGUGAUGGGGCUGCUGGUGGUGCCCUUCGGGGCCACGCUGGUGGUGAGGGGCACCUGGCUCUGGGGAUCUUUCCUCUGCGAAUGCUGGACCUCGUUGGAUGUGCUCUGCGUGACAGCCAGCAUCGAGACCUUGUGCGUCAUCGCCAUCGACCGCUACCUGGCCAUCACCUCGCCUUUCCGCUACCAGAGCCUCAUGACCAAGGCUCGGGCCAAGGGCAUCAUCUGCACCGUCUGGGCCAUCUCCGCCCUGGUCUCCUUCUUGCCCAUCAUGAUGCACUGGUGGCGGGAUGAGGACCCCCAGGCACUGGAGUGCUACCAGGACCCGGGCUGCUGCGACUUCGUCACCAACAGGGCUUAUGCCAUCGCCUCGUCCAUCAUUUCUUUCUACAUCCCUCUUCUCAUCAUGAUCUUUGUGUAUCUCCGAGUGUACAGAGAGGCCAAGGAGCAGAUUAGGAAGAUCGAUAGGUGCGAGGGCCGGUUCUAUGGCAGCCAGGAGCAGCCACAGCCCCCCCCACCUCCUCACCACCAGCCCAUCCUCGGCAACGGCCGAGCCAGCAAGCGAAAGACCUCCCGCAUCAUGGCCAUGAAGGAGCAAAAAGCCCUCAAGACUUUGGGCAUCAUCAUGGGAGUGUUCACCCUUUGCUGGCUCCCUUUCUUCCUGGUGAAUAUCGUCAACGUCUUCAACAGAGACCUGGUGCCGGACUGGCUCUUCGUUUUCUUCAACUGGUUGGGCUACGCCAACUCUGCUUUCAACCCCAUCAUCUACUGCAGGAGCCCCGACUUCCGUAAGGCCUUCAAGAGGCUGCUCUGCUGCCCCAGGAAAGCCGACCGGCGGCUGCACGCCAGCGGUGGGGAGCUGGCCCCGCUGCCCGGGGGCUUCAUCAGCACCGUGGGCUCCCCCGAGCGCAGCCUGGCAGGGACCUGGUCCGACUGCAACGGAGGCACAAGGGGCGGCAGCGAGUCCAGCCUGGAGGAGAGGCAUAGCAAAACAUCCGAUUCGGAGUCCAAGGGAACAGUCAGGCUAAUGGAUUUUCAUUGUCUUCUGCUUCUGUUCAUCAAUCUAGGUGAGUUCAAAACAGUGCUGUCUUUCUUGUGCUCUCCUUUCCCUGCUCGCUUAUUACAACCUCAAGUACUUGGAGCUGAUAAAACACAUCGGUUUGCUACCAUCAGCCUCAUCCUGACUGGAGGAAAGCACAUGGGGUUGACCCCCUACAUCAAAUGACUUGUGGCCUUCUGCAUGGACAUCUGUAUUUUGUGCUAGGUAGCUGCAAGUAGGCAAUUCCUUGCUUAGGGUGGACACUAGCUUCCUACUAUUAUGAGCUCAGACUUCAACAUCCUUCAAGACAGACAUUAUUUCCCGCCUGGGUUCACCAAAACUUGGUUGGGUCUCCAAACCGCUCCUUUGUUUACAGGCUUUUCCGAGCAUGCAGUAGGGCUUUUUAUUGGGGAAGGAAGGGAGGUGGUGUAGAGGAAACUAUUACAAAGCUAUAGAGCAUAAACAACUUUCAUGUAAACUCCAAACCCCACUUGGCAAGGAAGAGGUUAAGGAUAAGGGGUGGUUGGGGGGACUCAAUAAGGCAAAGAUAUAAAUAGUGAGUGGGAAAGCCUGGGGAGGCACACAAGGAAGGGGAGGUAAGGAGCUGACCCUCAAUGGGGUGGAUUCCCUUGGCUUGCUGAAAGCUCUGUGCUCCUCUGCCCUCACGGUUUGGACCUGGGUCCUGAUGCCAAAGCAGGGGGAUGCUCUGGCAGAAACCCUGUGUAUCCAGGGCUGUAUUGUUCAAAGGGGGACCUGAAAGGUGUUUCGGUCACCUGAGCACUUUCUGCAGAGCUAGAAACUGGGUCCUCCAGACCUUUCAGAGCCAGGAGCUGCUCUUUGCCCACUCGGAUGGUUGGAGCAGGAUUUCCGUUUUCCUACCAGCCUUGGUGCUUUCUGGUUUGUUUUUGUCCAAAUGGGAAAUGCAUAACAUGAAACUGUUUAAACAACUUGUGGUACAAGGAAGCCCGCUGGAGUAAAGUACGACUCUGGAAUUCAUUUCCAAGGAAAUGAUGCACUCUCCAAAAGCACUUCACUCAAGCACUACAAUUUAAAGUCGCAGGGUAAUUGCUGGCCCUCUUCGGUGCUGCCUGCAGCCCUCACCUAGGUCUGAGCAUGGUGCAUGAGGAGGGCAGGAGCCUGCCAAGAUCAUCCCUGCUGCUGCCUGGUCUUGCCAUCAGCAGAUCUUUGCACGCAAGGCACUGCUCAAUGUGGACAUUGCUGGUGAAGAGGCACCAGGCAAUGUUAUCUAAACUCUGUGCCAACGGAUAUGUUAAGAUACACAAAAAUGUUAGCAAGGGCGUUUCCUUAACUAUGUUUUAAACCACCCAUAGCAGCUAUGUGCACCAAGAUGACAAAGUGCAGAGUGACCAAGCAAAGGACCAUCUCCCCUCUCCCCCAGGCUGUCAUGUUGGUACCCAAGCACAGUUGAAUGCCUGAGGAUCAGGGUGGGUCUGGCUGUUAGAGCUGUCCUGACUGUUGCUUUGCUUGCAUGGGUAGGUCUGGACAGCCUGGUGCUGUGGAAGGAAAACCCAGGAGCCACAGAAGCCUCAGAGGAAUUCUCUUGUUCUAUUUCCAGCCUUUCUUUUUAAGAUACAAAGGGCUUCAGAUCAGAUGCAUUUCUGAAGCUUAUCUGUGUGAAUAUUUGACUGCUUAUCCAAACAGAACAAAAACCUUCAAACCUUCUGAGGUCCAUCCAUCAAGAGCCUUAUCUCCCCAUGUCACCAUUCACCUCCCGGCUGCUGCUGCUCGGAGCCUCCCGCCAGCUGGGGCUUAGCUCUGCCCUCCAGAUUCCCAUAUCCAUCCCCAGUCCAGGCAGCUACACGGCAUUAUCCAUAGUCUCCUCCUUGGCUCCCUGCCCCUUCAGUGAUGGCCUUUGUAUUGCAUGCAGGCCUGGGCUGCUGCAUGGUCUGCAGCCAGCCAGCAUCCCGAUGGGCUGCAUUUGUGCUGCUGUAUUGCAGCCCGUCAUCUCCAUCUCCCACAUAUGCAGCCAUCUGGGCUAUGCACACUGACUCUGCUUGGCCCCAACAAGCAGAACAUUUGUCUGGUUUUAUGGGAUAUUAAUGAAGCCCAGAUAAAGGAAUGCAGUCUCCUCUGUCUGAGGUUCAAAGACUGAAAUAUUUCCGAUCUGCUCUCUGGUAAAAAGGAGGUUUUGUAAGAGGUCCCCUAAAUCCCAGCUGUUGGGUACGGGAGGAGGGGAUGUCAGCCCUCACUGCCUGACAGCCACUGAUCCCCUCUACUGGAGGAUCCUCAUUGCUCGGUCAGGCUGCUAGAAACUCAGAUAUCAUCCCUAAAAACCCAGGUGGUAGCUGAGCACAGGACCUGAGCCACUGAGAAGCCCUAGGAGCAUGGCAAGCCAGCAUCCUCAGUCCUGUGCAGGUUCCUGUCCAGGUGCAACAUCUGUGUAGUUAGUCUUAUGCCCAAUUCAUACAAUGGGCUAUUCAGCCUUGUCAGAAGAGCCUUUGCAGUACUCAGUAUCGGGGCCACAGGACAUUUCUUGAUUUGAAGCUGAGCUGGCGCAAGAAGUCGUCUGCAGUCCCGCUGUCCUGUCAGAGCCAUGGCCAAAAACAACAGGGUGAAGGCGUGGAAAGAGCCGCCCAUCCACAGUGUAACCGAGUUAAAACAGGGGCCUGGAUGUUUGGGGCUGGAGAACAGCUUUUAGGCAGGUCAGAGGCUGAAAUCCUGUGCACAACGGCGGGGAUCAGUGGUCUCUGCUGCUUGGUACUGCCUGGUCUCAGCCUAGAUCUACACAAACCUUGGCAUCAGGGUGGCUUUUUCCAAUGGGGACUGUUUUCCUA